AUGAACGACGAAGAGGCUGGAGGAUUUGAAGAAGAUGGCGGACGAUUCCGGAGGUUUCGACGAAGGCUCAAGAAGGAUUGGAGCCAGCUGUGGAAUGAUUUGAGCGAUCCGAAACAAAUGCGGUUUCCAUGGCCGAUAAACACGCCGUUAGAAGUUUACGAACAAGUGGGAGCUGAACGAUUUGAUCCUUCUUCUCAUCGAUAUCAGAUGCCAUUUUUCUGGAAAACGCUAGCAGUUCCAGCAACACCUUCUUGGGCGCUCCUAGUAUGUAUAAUCGAGUCUAGUUUCGCUUUGAUAUGUUUUCUGGCCGUGAUGCUUCACUAUGCAAUAUUUCUUCCCUGGUGUGAUGUCUACUCUAAACCUCUUAUUGUUUUCUACCUCACUGCACUACAGUAUGCCGUAUUUUAUUCUUUCAAAGUCAUAUUCGUGAUCUCAAUUGUGGAAAGAAACGCCCGUCUUCUUCGUCUUCAACUCUUCUUCCAAUAUGCCACGUGCGUAUUUCUUCUCCUUGACGCCGCCUUUGCCUUGGCUGCUGACUUUGGAGGAUACAAUGAAGAGCUAAUUUAUUGUGAUAAGAAUCCUUUGUUGAUUCGAUUCGUCGCAAUCAUCUCUUUGAUUUUCCUUUUUGUUCAAAUGUUCCUUCGAAUAAUUACUGUACAAGUCUACAAUUUCAUGUGGGAUGUCAGAAAGUUUCGAAAAUCACUGAACAAUUCCAAGUGGAGGUACCGGAAACGGGUGCAUUUCACGUAUUGCUCCAUCAUGCAAGAGGAUUUCAAAGCCGAGAGACUGAAUAACAAGACGAGAAGUGUGGAAAGUCGUUUUCGUGACGACCAGGAAGAGAUUCUGAAGCAGAUUCAAAGGAAACAAAAUGUCACGAAUAUCAGUAUAGCUCCAGAUGAACCAUUCGAUGAAUCGCAGCUUCCACAGAACACCAGAUCUAUAUCGACUCUGUCAACAACACCAUCCAACCCAACAACCAUUGCUUCUCCACUCGGGAAACGGAAGCAUAAUCGUUCGGUAUCGUCAACUUCGAAGAAAAUGAAAGAUAAUGAAGGGAAAAAAGUGAAGGUUUCGAAAAGAAAGCCAGGAGGAAUCAAAGUGCAAUUGGAGGUCGACUACGAAACUGCUCGACUUUUAUUCAGUCCCAGGAAAAAUGGUCGAAUUCCAAAUGUCCACGUGGAAGAAAUCGAGUUGGAUUUGGACGAAGACGACGCACUUCUUUCAGAAGAACACGAGCCAAUUGUAUGA